GCAUGAGUGUGUGCUCUGUGUCACUGUGGAUUGGAGUUGAAACAGCUUGAUUGGCGUCAUUCAGGAGCUGGAUGGCGUGGGACAUGUGCAACCAGGACUCUGUAUGGAGUGACAUCGAGUGUGCUGCUCUGGUUGGUGAAGACCAGCCUCUUUGCCCAGAUCUUCCUGAACUUGACCUUUCUGAACUAGACGUGAACGACUUGGAUACAGACAGCUUUCUGGGUGGACUCAAGUGGUGCAGUGACCAAUCAGAAAUAAUAUCUAAUCAGUACAACAACGAGCCUUCAAACAUAUUUGAGAAGAUAGAUGAAGAGAAUGAGGCAAACUUGCUAGCGGUCCUCACAGAGACACUGGACAGUCUCCCUGUGGAUGAAGACGGAUUGCCCUCAUUUGAUGCGCUGACAGAUGGAGAUGUGACCACCGAGAAUGAGGCUAGUCCUUCCUCCAUGCCUGACGGCACCCCUCCGCCUCAGGAGGCAGAAGAGCCGUCUCUACUUAAGAAGCUCUUACUGGCACCAGCCAACACUCAGCUAAGUUAUAAUGAAUGCAGUGGCCUCAGUACCCAGAACCAUGCAAACCAUAAUCACAGGAUCAGAACAAACCCUGCAGUUGUUAAGACCGAGAAUUCAUGGAGCAAUAAAGCGAAGAGCAUUUGUCAACAGCAAAAGCCACAAAGACGUCCGUGCUCAGAGCUUCUCAAGUAUCUGACCACAAAUGAUGACCCUCCUCACACCAAACCCACAGAGAACCGGAACAGCAGCAGAGACAAAUGCACCUCCAAAAAGAAGGCCCACACACAAUCGCAGACGCAACAUCUACAAGCCAAACCAACAACUUUAUCUCUUCCUCUGACCCCAGAGUCACCAAAUGACCCCAAGGGUUCCCCAUUUGAGAACAAGACUAUUGAGCGAACCUUAAGUGUGGAACUCUCUGGAACUGCAGGCCUAACUCCACCCACAACUCCUCCUCAUAAAGCCAACCAAGAUAACCCUUUCAGGGCUUCUCCAAAGCUGAAGCCCUCUUGCAAGACUGUGGUACCUCCACCAGCCAAGAAGGCCCGGUACAGUGAGUCUUCUGGUACCCAAGGCAGUAAUUCCACCAAGAAGGGGCCCGAGCAGUCUGAGUUGUACGCACAGCUCAGCAAGACCUCUGUGCUCACCAGUGGACACGAGGAAAGGAAGGCCAAACGGCCCAGUCUUCGGCUGUUUGGUGACCAUGACUAUUGUCAGUCAAUUAAUUCCAAAACGGAAAUACUUGUUAGUAUAUCACAGGAGCUCCACGACUCCAGACAACUAGAAAAUAAAGAUGCCCCCUCCUCCAACGGGCCGGGGCAGAUACACUCUUCCACAGAUUCUGACCCGUGCUACCAGAGAGAGACCGCGGAGGUGAGCAGGCAGGUCUCUCCCGGCAGCACCAGAAAACAGCUCCAAGACCAGGAAAUCCGAGCCGAGCUGAACAAGCACUUCGGUCAUCCCAGUCAAGCUGUUUUUGACGACAAAGCAGACAAGACCAGUGAACUGAGGGACAGUGAUUUCAGUAAUGAACAAUUCUCCAAACUACCUAUGUUUAUAAAUUCAGGACUAGCCAUGGAUGGCCUGUUUGAUGACAGCGAAGAUGAAAGUGAUAAACUGAACUCCCCUUGGGAUGGCACGCAGUCCUAUUCAUUGUUUGAUGUAUCGCCUUCUUGUUCUUCUUUUAACUCUCCAUGUAGAGAUUCUGUGUCACCACCCAAAUCUUUAUUUUCUCAAAGACCCCAAAGGAUGCGCUCUCGUUCAAGGUCCUUUUCUCGACACAGGUCGUGUUCUCGAUCACCAUAUUCCAGGUCAAGAUCAAGGUCCCCAGGCAGUAGAUCUUCUUCAAGAUCUUGCUACUACUAUGAGUCAGGCCACUGCAGACACCGCACACACCGAAAUUCACCCCUGUGCGCAAGGUCACGUUCAAGAUCGCCCCAUAGCCGGCGGCCCAGGUAUGACAGCUACGAGGAAUACCAGCACGAAAGGCUCAAGAGGGAAGAAUACCGCAGAGAGUAUGAGAAGCGGGAAUCUGAAAGGGCCAAGCAGAGGGAGAGGCAGAGGCAGAAGGCAAUUGAAGAGCGCCGUGUGAUUUAUGUUGGUAAAAUCAGACCUGACACCACACGGACAGAACUGAGGGACCGUUUUGAAGUUUUUGGUGAAAUUGAGGAGUGCACAGUAAAUCUGCGGGAUGAUGGAGACAGCUAUGGUUUCAUUACCUACCGUUAUACCUGUGAUGCUUUUGCUGCUCUUGAAAAUGGAUACACUUUGCGCAGGUCGAAUGAAACUGACUUCGAGCUGUACUUUUGUGGACGCAAGCAAUUUUUCAAGUCUAACUAUGCAGACCUAGAUUCAAAUUCAGAUGACUUUGACCCUGCUUCCAUCAAGAGCAAGUAUGACUCUCUGGAUUUCGAUAGUUUACUGAAAGAAGCCCAGAGAAGCUUACGCAGGUAAUAUGUUCCCUGGCUAAGGAUGACAGAGGCAUGGUGAAUACCUCACGGGACAGCGCGUCCUUCCCUAAAAGACUAUUGCAAGUCAUACUUAGGAAUUUCUCCUACUUUACACUCUCUGUACAAAAGCAAAACAACAACAAUACAAGAACAACAACAAUGGUUUACACGAACCCAGCUGCUGAAGAGGCAAGAGACAGAUUGGAAUUCCAGUAAGCACAUGUUUAUUCAUGGGAGUCAGCUUUGCUUUCCCUGAGUCUCUUGAUGACGGAGUGUGUGUGUGUGUGUGUGUAUGUGCGUGCACGCGUGUCUGUGUGUGUGUGUUUGCCUGGUUUGGGGGAAGUAUGUAUGUACAGGUGGGGACUGGGGACACCUGACCAGUGCGUGCAAGGGCAAACCACUUCGAAUGGCAGCAGUUCCAUGAAGACACACCUAAAACCUAGAACUUCAAAAUGUUCAUAUUCUAUUCAAAAGGAAAAAAAAAAAAUACGUACAUCCAAAAGGAAAGAAAGCUAACCAACCAACCACAGGCCACCCUAAAAUGACAGCCACUGAUGUCUGGGCAUCAGCCUCCGUACUCUGUUUUGUUUUGUUUUUUUUUUAAGAAAGUGCAAAAUCAACGUGAAGCAAGCUUUCUCUCACAACGUAAUGAUUAGAUGACAAUCCUGAAGAAACCGCAGGUUCUGUAGAACUCAUAUCCUUUCUCUCUCUUUUUCUUUCUUUUUUUCCUUUUUCCUUUUGCCAAGGAAUCUGGGUGGGAGAGGAUGCUGCAGGCACCGAACGCUCAACUUUCCUAACAUUUUGAAGUUUCUGUAGUUCGUCCUUCCUCCUGACACCCAUGUAAAUGUCCAAAACGUUGAUCUCCCACUGCAAAUUUCAAAAGCCUUGUCAAUGGUCAAGCGUGCAGCUUGUUCAGUGGUUCUUUCUGAGGAGCGAGCAUGGUGUUACAUUACUAAGGAGAGUUGGGUAGAACUCUCUGGGAUGUGUUCAGAUAGUAUAAUUGCUACAUUCUCUGAUGUAGUUAAGUAUUUACAGAUG